ACCAGUCGCCAUGGCCAGAACCAAGCAGACCGCUCGUAAGUCCACCGGAGGCAAAGCCCCCAGGAAGCAGCUGGCCACCAAGGCCGCCCGGAAGAGCGCCCCGGCCACCGGCGGAGUGAAGAAGCCUCACCGCUACAGGCCCGGUACCGUGGCUCUGAGGGAGAUCCGCCGCUACCAGAAGUCCACGGAGCUGCUGAUCCGCAAGCUGCCCUUCCAGCGGCUGGUGAGAGAAAUCGCUCAGGACUUCAAGACCGACCUGCGCUUCCAGAGCUCCGCCGUCAUGGCCCUGCAGGAGGCCAGCGAGGCUUACCUGGUGGGGCUGUUCGAGGACACCAACCUGUGCGCCAUCCACGCCAAGAGGGUCACCAUCAUGCCCAAAGACAUCCAGCUGGCCCGCCGCAUCCGCGGGGAGAGAGCUUAG